AUGCCAGAGUUGGAAGUUACGCGCGCUAGAAGUCCCUGUGCAAUUCCUGAAUCACUUCAGCCAAGACGUUACUUGAGACCAAGAGGCAGCGUUCACGGCCAUUCUAUGUUUCGCAUAGUCCACUCAGCUCCUAGUUUCAGGCAGAACGCCAGCGAGUGGAUCUAUAAGAUGUUAUUUCUCUGGUCGAGGGAGAAUCCCAGAAUCUCAGUUCCUCCGAAUCCCAGAGCCGGUCCAUGGUUCGCCUGGUUCGCGACUGCCGUUCUAUUGUGGCGUUGUCGACGUCGCAUCACCAGGGCAAUUUUGGCGGCCUCGCCGCUCAGGUUGCUAAGAAGACGUAACGCCGGUCUGGCGAUCAAUCAAAAGAUGAUAUUGAAGCAGCAGAAGCGACACAGCCUGAUACAGCUACACAAACACAAGGCCAUCGGAAUACGGCGAAAGCGACUGUGCACCGGCGACGGUCUACACAUGUCCGACGACAUGUCAAUGAUUCAAGCCGCACCGCAGAUCCAUUAUAGGGUCACCAGAAGCGGCAGGGUCUACGGCAAAUAUCCGAACAAGGCCGCUAUACCGAACGGCAGCAUUCAAGGAAACCACUAGGA